AAAACUGGUAUAAAAAUAGAGUAAAUAUUUGUAUUAUUUAUUGUAAAAAUGCAGGAAGAUUUCUAUGAGGAGUAAGGUUAGGGGUACGGGUGGUAUUAGAUUAAAACGUGUUUAACUAUAUGUAUAUAAAACAAUAGAAGUCUGUGUAAUGUGCCCAUGUAGAUAACUAAGUAAACGUGUGUGUGUUGAUUUGUUUUGCUGAAUGGGUCGCAACCUUUCUCAUAGAAGCAAAUACUCUGAGGGUAUUAGCCAAAUUAUUUAGAGGAUGUAGGUGGGGUUUGGGAAAUUCCAUAAUGUAGCAAGAGUUAUCAACACAAGAGAGCACUGUCGAGUCCUCACUUCGAGAGGAAUGAAUUUAAAUCUAGUCAUAGCAUAGGCUACUUCACACACCUGUGUGGUCAAGACUAGCGAGACAUGUCAGGUAAAAUAGACACGUCGACAUUGCUCUUCGACGUCCCGCCGGUGCUGAUGGGGUCUUUCUGCAGACUGAUGGACAGCGGGAUCGACGGUCUGGGAUGGAGAGCUUUAGCUGCUCACAUCCUUCCCAGUCAGCUUGAAGUGAGAUGUACUGAAAUGUAUGUGGCUGCUGGAAAAAGUCCAACCCAAGAGCUCAUGUGGUUGUGGGCCCAGCAGAAUAAAACUGUAGGGGAUCUUUUGAAGGUUCUGGAUGAGAUGGGUCACAGUAGAGCCAGGAGUCUUUUCCAAUCGCAAGACUCGUGCAAACUGAAGUCAUCCUCAGCCCCUCUGUUUGCCAAGUAUCUGCCAAACUCUGAGAAGUCCUGUCAGACUCCAGCUCUUUAUCCAGAGUCUGUGUCUGUUAAAGGUGAAAAACAGAAGUAUUUCAUCACAUUUUCUGAUGUCUUAGAGGGAACGAGACAUUUCCACCAGGACUUAAAAAUAGGAUCGAGCGUGUUCGCCGAGGUCUACUGCGGAAAAUGGGGAAACAGGUCUUUUGUGGCAAAAGUGUUCAAACAGGAAAACAAGGCUAAUUGGAAGGCGUUGUGGGAAAAAUUCACCAAAGAAAUUAAAGUUCUACAUCUCUACCUCCAUCCUAAUAUCUUGGAGUUAUGGGGCAGCUUUUCAGAGGCAGAUCGCUUCUGUUUAGUUUAUCCAUACCUUCAUAACGGAUCAUUGUUCCACAGGCUUCAUGAGGAAGUUCAGAGGCCUCUAUCAUGGCAGGAAAGGCUGAACAUCAUCAAAGGCACCGCAAAGGCAGUCCACCAUCUACACACUGCACAACCGUGCAUGGUUAUUUGUGGAAACAUUACGAGUUCAAACAUACUUUUGGACGAGCACCUGCAGCCCAAAUUAUCCGAUUUUGGAUUAGCUCAUCUCAGACCACACUCUGUGGACCAGAGCUGCACUAUCGUCAUGGAUACAGCCUCCCAUAGCAACCUUGGCUAUCUGCCAGAGGAGUACAUCCGUGAUGGCAAGCUAUCAGUCAAACUUGAUGUUUAUAGCUUUGGCAUGGUUAUACUAGAGACCUGUACAGGACAAAAGGUGAAACACGAGUCAGCAAAAAAUCUGUUUUUGAGAGAUGUACUGCAUUCUGAGUUUGAGGAAAAAAGCUCUGUGGAUGCCUGUCUGCGGUUUUUAGAUCCCAAAGUUGAGCAUUGGCCCACUGCGGUGGCACUUUGUCUGCUCCGAAUCGGACUGGAGUGCACAGGCAGCAAAAUGCGAGUCAGGCCGAGCAUGGAAAUGGUGCUUCAGAGACUAAACCAAAUCCUUCCCACACCUGCACAGCUUGAGGACCAGCCGAACACACUAGAUGAUACAUUCCCUCUUCAGCGACCAUAUAAUGGCCUCAGUCAGCGUCUAAACGUGCCCAUUGAAUUUGAUGAAAUGUACAGCCCACUGGAGGAACCGCUACCUCCCAGAGUUCCCAGUCUGGCAGAACCCUGCGAGUGCAGCCAGUCUGAGGUUACUUUCUUGAGUGUUGGAGAUGCAAACUUGUCGCAUUCCAUCAGGGAAUGUCUUCAGGAAAAUGACAAAGUGGUUUCAGCAUCACAAAGUCUGCAGUCAGACUCUGCAGCUCGCUUGGACUUAUAUGGGAGCUGGCCUGUGGAGUGCAGCUGUAGCACUGGAACCGAAGUGCUGGGAUGUGAGGACUGCUGUGCAAAUGGCUUCAGUCAGUCUGUUUUAUGUGCCACACUAGAUGAUGAUGCCCAGCCCUCUCAGAAUGGCAUCACAAAUCCAGCAAAAGAGAAAAUAAAGAAUAAAAUUCAUCUGUACAACCAGGGGUUAAUAAAAACUGAAGAACUUCUUUAGCUUAAAUCAGAGUGAAUCAGUAAGGUUGGACGUCUCCAUAAAAAAAAUUAUAAAAAUUCAGCAAUGGGUAGUGCUGGUGAUCAUUUUGUUUAAAUGUCUGUUACUUCUUUCAAAAAUUAUUUGAAGGUAUGUUAACAGUAUUUUUACAUAAUAUCCCAAAACGAGUUUAUAAAAUAAAAAAGAUUAAAAGUGGGUGUGGGUGAUGUUACAUAAAAAUUGUUUCUAAAAGAAUAUCAAAAGUAAAAAAAAAAUUAUGUAGACUUACAACUACUGUCACUUUAAGAGGGUGGUGGUAGUUUAUAGUAGUUGACGUUACAUAUUUAUAAUUCAUUAAAAGAGUGAUUUUAAAGUUUAAAGAUGACACCAUGUUAAAGAAUUUGUUGUCAUCGCUACCUUAUAGUGUCCAUGAAUCUCUCAAUAUCUCUUUUGUUUUAGACGACUCUAGCAAGUAUAACUAAUUUGUGGAAACAAAAGUGCUUUUUGAUCUAAUUUAUGUGCGGACACAUUUUAACCACAUGAAAAUGAUGUACAGAGUUCUUGACAAUAAAAGAAACGAAAGAAA